AUGCUGCCACAAAGAUUGAAGAAGACUGUGACGGACAACCCUAAGAAAGUAGCAGAUUUGAUUGACCUUGUGAAUCUGCCCACCAUACUCAGAGAUUUUAUGGGUCAGUCUCAGAGUUCUCAUCUCAAUUGCUUCAGGCGAGUUUGGUCUUACAUAAAGGACAACAAUCUCCAGGAUGUCCACCUCGGUACCAAACGAACUGAGAUCCCAUAUUUUGAUGGAACUGACCUGACCCACUUGGCUGGUUGUCUAGGGCUGAACAAUAUUUUACCAUCCACAGCACGCGAGACGAGUUACGAGUUCCCACUGCUUUUAUUAGCAUGGAAGGGCCAGCCCUUCAUUGGAUGA